AAAAAUUAGGAGCUGCAUAACGCACGCCACUUUCUUGUCUUCUUUUCUGGUUCUAGUGGUCUCUCUGCGGCGGACUCAGAAAAAUUGAUAUCACAAUCAGGGUAAAUAGUUUCAGAAAUGCCGACUCUUCAAACUUCACUGCCUCCUGAACUCGCUAACAAUGCCAUUAGGCUUUACCGUGAAUGUCUACGAAGAGCUAAAUAUAUUGGUCACCGGCAAAAUAACACACCGCUCCUUGUUGAAAUGGUGAGACAACAGUUUAAGAAAAACAUGCAUGAGACAGAUCCCGAUAAGAUUCAAAAGUUCAAGGAUGAUGCUGCAAGGGGACUUAUAAAUCACAUACUGUACGAGUCAGAGAAAAUUACAGGUCGUAAAUUCAGCAAGAGUCCUCCUAAAGAAGCUUAAUUCGUUUAAUCCUAGAUAAUUCAGUUUGUUCAUCAGUGCUGGGUUUGGCAGAUCAAUCAUAUAGAAUUUACCUUCCUAGGUUCUUAUGAUGGUUAUAUUUAACUGUUGAAAUAAACAAGAUUUUCAAAAUUGCUCAAUUGUUUUCUCUAUCUGCCACUCUAUUUCAAAUCAAUUGCUCAAAGUUUGUUGAAACUAUUUUAUAGUUUCUGCCUAAUGAUUCAGUGUCUCAUUUACUCAACAUUUGGAAAAUAAUCGUUCCUAAACCAUGCCUUAUUAUGGUUGGUUCUUUUGACGUUUGUACAAGUGUAGCGCUAGUAAACCUGGCAAUAGCAGUGAUCAAUUUUAUUG